CCCCUGAUUUUAGUCCAUCCACCUAUUCCCACUCCGACUCAUCCAUCUAUCACUCCACUCGCAGGCAGAGGCAGCAUCCGUCCCGUCCAUCCAUGGCCGCCGCCGCCUCCACCGCCGCUUCUCUCCGUCUUCCCUUCCCUCUCCUCUCCGCCCCAGCAGCCUCCUCCUCCUCCAUCCUCCGCCUCCGCCGCCGCGCGCCCCGGGCCCUCGCCGUCGCUGCCUUCAAGAAGCUCUCGGAGGCGUCCCCCGUGCCCAUCCCUCCGGAACACACUCAGCCCUUGGCCGACAAGGACGCCCUGCCCCCCAAGCCCGGGGUGUACGGCGUCUACGACCCCGCCGGGGAGCUGCAGUUCGUCGGGAUUUCGCGCAACGUCAGGGCCAGCGUCGAGGGCCACCGGAGGAAGGUCCCCGCCGACCUGUGCGCCUCCGUCAAGGUUGCAGUCGCAGAUGAGGACACACCAGAUCGAACUGUCCUUACUAAUGCCUGGAAAUCAUGGAUGGAAGAACAUAUAGAAGCCACUGGUAAGGCACCACCAGGGAAUGUUGCAGGGAACACCACCUGGGUUGGUGCACCACAGAGGCCUCCAGACUUGCGGUUGACGCCUGGUCGCCAUGUUCAGCUGACUGUCCCACUAGAACAGCUGAUAGAUCAGUUGGUGAAGGAGAAUAAAGUGGUAGCCUUCAUCAAGGGAUCAAGGAGUGCUCCCCAGUGUGGAUUCUCUCAAAGGGUGGUGGGGAUCUUGGAAGCACAUGGAGUGGAUUUUGUAACUGUUGAUGUGCUUGAUGAGGAACACAACCAUGGGCUAAGAGAGACCCUGAAGAUGUACAGCAACUGGCCAACGUUUCCACAGAUUUUUGUUGGAGGGGAGCUUGUGGGAGGCUGCGAUAUUAUUACAUCUAUGGCUGAAAAGGGGGAACUUUCUGCCCUAUUUCAGAAAUAGCGUCACAUGUGGGAAGUUUCAUUAUGCUCUUAAGCCAUUUUCUCUGUUUUACUUGGGGAGAACUUCAAGCUUGUCUCUCCAGAACCGUCCAUUGCUGCAAUCAUACCUAUGUGGUCGCAAGGCAAAAAUAUUUGGCCCAAGUAAAUGUCAUUUGGAGUUUUCAUGAGGCUGCAGUCCUACUGAUGUGAUAUAUCUGGUUAUUUCUGGGAGGAGGAUUAGUGUUGGAGUUUCUCUGUAUUUCUGCCAUUGCUUCAGAUCUUGUUCAUGAAUAAGCUGUAGCUUCAUGUCAAACAAUAUGUUGUAUACAUCAAUGGAAGAUUAAUGUGAAACUGGUUUUGGUACAGUAUUUUUUUUUUAGUAGAGAAACUGGAUUGUAAGAUGAAAUUCGGAAAGGUGAAUUUGUGGUUUUUGGACGUGCUGUACAACCAUAACGGAAAAUGUCAAAUGACUGAAAUUAUUUAUUU